CUCCAGUUGAGUUCCGGGCCUGAGGUGACGACUCGGGACGGCAUUGACAGGGGGUACAGUUCAGUGUACAGUGUGCGUACAGUGGUAGUGGCCAGCAUCGCGGCAAGUCAAUUGAUGUGCACAGUGCGCCCUGUUUCCGGCACCUUCGCCUGAUGUCGUAAUGUCAAAGGCCAGCCAGCGCGUUGGAAGCUAGGGACCUACAAUACAGCAUUGACAUGCGACCUGCGACACCGAGCCUCUUCACGACAUACGCUCACAGCUUGCGACCAAUCUUUCCGUGCACGAAUUAACACUGUAAACGAAGAACAACCCAGGAUCACACGCUGAGCGCUCGCUUGGGCUGUGCUCUGCGUCCGCCAUGUGGCGCGACCGCACGAACCUCUACAUCUCCUACCGUCAGUCGUAUGCGCAUCACCCGAUCUCGAGAAAUAGAUACGCUGUCGGCGGUUCAGGCCCUGGAAGCACCCCAUACUCCGACUAUGCGCCCGAGGACAGUCGCGGCCUCCUGUCAGGGGGUGCACUCGACGACGAUGGCGACGCGGUGAUCGAGAUGGACCUCCUUCCACCUCGAUGGGCAGAUAUCUCAGCUGAGAUUACCGACUUGCUCUCUGAGAUUGCGACCAAGGGGCAUAGCCUUGACAAGCUUCAUCAGAAGCAUGUACUGCCAGGAUUCAAUGAUGACGAUGCCAAAAAGGCAGAAGAGCAGAAAAUCGAAAAGCUCACACACGAGAUAACCAAAGGGUUCCACGAAUGUCAUCGCUGCAUACAGCGCAUUGAACAGAUGGUGCGCGAGUCCAGACAGGCUGGUACGAUCAGUAACGCCGAGGAAACCAUGGCAAAGAAUAUUCAGAUUUCUUUGGCCACGAGAGUGCAGGACGCUAGUUCGAGAUUUCGGAAAAAACAGAGCACUUACCUCAAAAAACUACGCGGCAUGGGCGGCAUGGGGCCCCUCUCACCCGGGGAACGUGCCUCGACACCGCAGCCUGGCGGCUCCUACUUGGAUCCUUCGAUGCAAGAGUCUGACGCCGAUCGAGUGUUUUCACAAUCGACAUUGCAAGCGCAGCAGCAAAAGAUGCUGCAUUCAAACGAUGCUGUAAUUGCUCAGCGAGAGCGUGAGAUAGAGGAGAUUGCGCAAGGCAUCAUUGAGUUAUCAGACCUCUUCCGAGAUCUACAAACUAUGGUCAUCGACCAGGGCACCAUGCUGGACAGAAUCGACUACAACGUGGAGCGCAUGCACACAGAUGUGAAAGAGGCAGACAAGGAGAUCAAGGUUGCCUCUGGAUACCAGCGGAGAACAACAAAGAGGAAGAUCAUUCUACUUCUCUUCCUGCUAGUUGCGGGUCUCUUCAUUCUGCUCCUCAUCAAGCCCAAACGGCAUUGAUUUUGGUCAGUCAGCAAAGAUUCUGUAUGGCAAAGCGUCUCGGGGUGAUUUCGCAUGAGCAAAGCAUGGGGUAACCGGAGUCAUUAGUGUCUAUUUACAUAUCCUGAUACAUCAAAGUAUAUAC